AUAUAAUCUCCAUCUCAUUAUAUUACAACCCUAUUUAGCCAGUAUGGAUAUUCAUCUUCUUCCCUUUAUUGUUUUAUUUUGGUUUUCAGUACAAGGAGGUGCUUCUCAUGAACUACUACGAGAAGAGAUGUAUUGGCAAUUCAUGUUACCAAACACUUCCAUGCCCAAAUCUCUACACGAUCUUAUACAACCUGGAAAUGCGAGCACAAAUGUUUCAGGGGUACUAAGGAACAUUGAUUUUGUCCGCCCAAGACCCUUCAGGGCAACAUAUGGAGUUGCCUAUAUAGGUGGAGAUGGAAGUGAGAAUGUUCAACAAAUUAGUACCAUAGCCGAUUCUACGACUGUAUACUUCUUAAUUGACGAUCUUCUCCCUGGUAAAGAUAUGAUGCUUAUUUUUACUAAAUCAACAAAUGGAUCCAAUUUCUUACCGCGUAAAAUUGCACAAACUAUACUCUUUUCGAGCAACGAUUUUUCAGACAUUUUGAGCUACUUUUUGAUAGAACCUAAAUCAAACGACGCCCAGAUUAUGAAAGAAACAAUAGAAGAAUGUGAAGCUCCGGGAGUUAAGGGGGAGGUGAAAUAUUGCUCUACAUCUUUAAAAUCAUUAGUUGAUUUCGUCGUGUCGAAGUACGGAAAGAAAGUUGAAGCAUUUGCUAAUGAGGUAGAAGAAGAGGAUAAGAAGCAAAAAUAUAAAAUUUUGGAGGGAAUUAAAAUGAUGGGAGACAAUCAAAUAGUAUGUCACAAGAUGAGAUACCCUUAUGCUGUGUUUUAUUGCCAUAUUAUUUUGGAGACAAGGGCUUAUUUGGUUCCAUUAAUGGGUGAAGAUGGCUCCAAAGCUCAAGCAAUUGUUGUUUGUCAUAUGAACACUUUAACUUGGAACCCAAUGCAUUUGGCUUUUCAAAUCUUGAAAGUUAAGCCUGGAGGUCCUCCAAUUUGUCAUUUUCUCAAUAGUGAUACUAUUGUUUGGGUCCCCAAUUAGGUCAGAUCCACCAUCUUCAACGGUUCAUGUUCUUAGUCCAAACUGCUCGGCCCCUCUCCUUCUAGCAGUUGUUUCAUACUCCCUCCGUCCCAUUUUAUUUGUCCACUUCCUAUUUUUACACAUAUUAAGAAAAUAUUAAAUACUAAUAAUUCUUCCUUUUAUAUCUUUUUUUGAUUUUUUGAGUUAAUUUAAAAUUACUAUAUUGAAAAAAGAAAAAUAGUCAAUAUAAUAAUAAUAACAUUAAAUGCCAACAAUUAAGGUAAUACUUAUGCUAAUAUCUUUUUUAACGGUAAGUAAUUCCCUCUUUUAAGUUUUUAUUGUUCUAUAUUGCUACCGUUCGUUUAGCAAAUUAUUUACGCUUUCGUAUUCUAAUUUGAUAAACGAAUGUGUAUUUGGAUGGCUCAAUAGUAACCGCGAAGUCCACUUUUAUUUCUUUUGCUUAAGAUUGGUUCAUCAUCUUCAGGAGAUGGCCUUUCUUUUUAUAUAUUUAUAUAUUGCUAUCUUUGACAAAAAAAAAACAUUAAAUGCCAACACAAAUAUAAGAAUGAUAUCCAUUAAUAUUAAGAGUAAAAGAGAAAAAUAUGUGUAUAUAAUACAAUUGUGACAAUCAUUUUAAGACAUUUAAAUAUAAUAUAGUGGACAAAUAAAAUGGGACGGAGGGAGUUUCUUUAUAAAGAGCUGAAGUAUAUUGGGUUGCUCCGUGAUUAAAUAUGAACUUCUUUAUCUAGCUAAUAAAAGGAAAGAUUAGUUGCUUAA